UUUGUUGGAGCAGGUCAAGUUUAUACUCUUAAUCAUGUAGAGAGGAAUCAAGGACAUCAACAUAUAUUGAUCAAUUGUCGAGUACUUGAUCAUUUACGAGAGAAGUAUAAAAACGAGUUGUGGAUGAAACCAUCUCAUCAGAGCAAGAGGAAUCGUGCUAUCGACAUUGGCCGUGAAAUGCAUCUUAAUUUUGCAAAAUGGAUCAAACAGCAAGUAGAGAAGAAU